UAUUAGAGACAGUAGUCGCCCAAUGAGUGAGUACUACAGAAGUGACGCAUGACAGCGAAUCUUUGAACUAUAAAAACCAUUUGAAAGUUUCUCGCCACUCAAACCGGUCGCAUUUUACUUUACAUUAAUGCAGUUACAAGAGAAAGCUUUGUAACGCUUGAAUGACAGUUACUGUUGAUUUUGCAGUGCUUUGUGACUGUGUAUUGUCUCACUAGAGCAUCAGUGUUAGUGUAUUCAGCAGCUCCACAGUGAUUUAAUUCAUCAGAAUGGUCGUGUUGAAGAGUUUACCUCCACCCAGCGAGGGCGUGCGGCUCCAGCAGGCCGAAACAACCGCGGUUCUGGACGGGAAAAGACUGGGAGCUGGAACUCUGUUUGUGGCUGAGGCUCACCUGUCCUGGUUUGAUGGUUCAGGGAUGGGUUUCUGUCUUGAAUACCCUUCCAUCAGUCUGCACGCAAUCUCACGAGAUCUUAGCGCCUUUCCAGAAGAGCACCUGUAUGUGAUGGUCAAUGCAAAACUGGACGAUGAAGGUGACGCAGAGCAGCAAGAAAAAGCUCUAGAUGAUGCAGGAGAGGAUGAUGAGGAGAGUGAGAGUGACAGCGACAGCGAAGACUCAGGGACCAUUACAGAGAUUCGCUUUGUGCCCAGUGAUAAAGCCGCAUUGGAGCCCAUGUUCUCCGCCAUGUGUGACUGUCAGGCCCUGCACCCAGACCCUGAGGACGCUGACACAGAUGAUGACGAUUAUGAGGGAGAGGAGUAUGACGUAGAGGAGGCGGAGCAAGAGCAGGGUCAGGGAGACAUUCCCACGUUUUACACCUAUGAGGAGGGCGUGUCUCACCUGACACCAGAGGGUCAGGCCACACUGGACAGACUGGAGGGGAUGCUGGCCCAGUCAGUCGCACAGCAGUACCACAUGGCCGGAGUCAGAACCGACGAGCCGUCUGCCGCAUUUGAAGAUGGAAUGGAAGUCGACCCGAGCACAAUCGCUGGACAGUUUGAUGACGCCGAUGUGGAUCACUGAUGGACUGUGUCUCUGUACUGCUGAUUAAAGCACUUCAGUGGGGCAUGCUGGGAUACUGGCCGAGCCCACCUCUCAAAGCUCUUAUAGCAUUUCUGUCUCCUCUCGCUUGAAUUUAAUGGGCUGUUUUACACCAUAGCCGUAAAUUUACCUCAGCCACAGCUAUGUGUAGAUCCCACUAAUGUAUUUUGUAGGUUUCCCUGAAGACCAUGUUGAUGUUUGUUAGCGAUUUCAAUAAAUACAGCUGUUUUUGUACCAAA